CAGCUCUGCUGUUCAUUCACGGGGGGAAACAUCAGAGCCCAAGUCAGGCUCGAACACAGACAUCUCGUGUUGGACUAGUGCUGUUAAAAUGUCUGCGCUGUCAUCAGAAGGAAAUAGGUUGAUAACUCGAAUCAGAAUUUAAACUGAUAAAAUAGUGGGGUGUAUUAGUGUAGUAGGCGCUAAGAGAUAGCUCUAAAGGUGUGCGCUGUCUCUAGACUGUACUGUCAUUUAUCAGGGCUGGAGCAGGUUAGCUAGUCGGCUAACUACAUGAGCCGGAUGCUUUAAUGUGCGCUCUCCGGAGACUCGGAGCGGACGUGUUCAUUGCUCCGUAGCUGCAUGUCGACUUAUUUUUUUUUCUCACUUGACUAGACGUGGACAUGGAGCUGUUUCAGGCGAAAGACCAUUACAUUCUCCAGAGUGGAGACAACGCUCUGUGGUGCAGCAGGAAGGACGGCUCCAUGGCCGUAAGAGCCGCAACCGACCUGCUACUAGCUUGGAAUCCAAUCUGUUUGGGACUGGUGGAGGGCGUUAUUGGAAAGAUUCAACUUCACGCUGACUUUCCUCUGGGCCUGAUCCUGAUCCGCCAAAAAGCGCUUGUAGGCUUACUGCCAGGAGAGCACAAGGUGUACAAGAUCACAAAAAUAACCGUUAUCCCACUGUCUGACGAUGAACCACAGGAUCUGGAGUUGGAGCUUUGUAAGAAGCACCACUUUGGGAUUAACAAACCAGAGAAAAUUACCCAGUCUCCAGAUGAGUCUAAAUUCCUGCUAAAGACUCUCAAUCAAAUUAAGUCUAAUGUUGCAGUUCCCAUUAAGAAAAAGGUCAAAGAGAAUAAAGAAAAGGAGCGCUUGGAGAGGAGACUGCUUGAUGAGCUUAAUAAGAUAUUCAUGGACUCUGAUUCCUUUUACUACAGCCCCACUUAUGACCUUACAAAUACUGUACAGAGACAGGGAACCUUAGAGAAGUCUGAUCUGCCCCUAUGGAAACGGGUCGAUGACAGAUUCUUUUGGAAUAAACACAUGAUACAGGACCUAAUAAACCUACAGGUUCCUGAGGUGGACUUUUGGGUGAUGCCCAUAAUCCAAGGCUUUGUGCAGGUGGAGGAGCUGGUCGUGAACUACAACGAGAGCUCAGACGAAGAAAAAAGCAGCCCAGAGACACCUCUACAAGAACAGCACACCUGCGUGGACGACAUUCACCCGCGCUUCAUGGUGGCUCUCAUAUCCAGACGCAGCCGUCACCGUGCUGGCAUGCGCUACAAACGAAGAGGAGUGGACACUGAUGGACGUGUGGCCAAUUACGUAGAGACAGAGCAGCUUAUCCACGUGCAUAAUCAUACGCUGUCAUUUGUGCAGACACGAGGCUCUGUCCCAGUGUUUUGGAGCCAAGCCGGUUACCGUUACAAUCCCAGACCACGUCUAGAGAAAGGAGAGAAAGAAACCACUUCCUAUUUUGCUUUCCACUUUGAGGAGCAACUUAAAAUUUAUAAAAAACAGGUCAUAAUCAAUCUGGUGGACCAAAAUGGGCGUGAGAAGUUGAUUGGCGAUGCAUACCUUAAGCAGGUGUUGCUCUUCAACAACCCCAACCUAACAUACGUUUCAUUUGACUUCCAUGAGCACUGUCGAGGGAUGAAGUUUGAGAAUGUUCAGACACUCACAGAUGCCAUUUCUGAUAUCAUCACAGACAUGCGAUGGGGAUGGGUGGACCAAGCAGGAGUCAUCUGUACACAGGAAGGCAUUUUCCGAGUUAACUGCAUGGACUGCCUGGACAGGACUAAUGUAGUUCAAGCGGCCAUUGCACGUGUGGUCAUGGAAAAGCAGUUGAAGAAACUGGGGGUGAUGCCCCCGGAACAGCCGCUGCCCCACAAAUGUUACAGGAUCUACCAGGUGAUGUGGGCCAACAAUGGAGACACUAUCAGCCGCCAGUAUGCUGGCACCGCUGCUUUAAAGGGCGACUUCACACGCACAGGAGAAAGGAAACUGGCCGGAGUGAUGAAAGACGGCGUAAACUCAGCUAAUCGCUACUAUUUGAAUCGAUUCCGUGACGCAUACAGACAAGCCGUCAUCGACCUCAUGAUGGGACUCCCUGUUACUGAGGACCUGUAUUCUAUCUUCAGCAAAGAGAAAGAGCAUGAGGAAAAGGAGAAAGAGAGUCAGAGAGGAGCACAGGAACAGGUUAGCCUCCUCCUCCAGACCUACAUGCAGCUACUGCUGCCAGAUGAUGAGAAGUUCCAUGGAGGCUGGGCCCUCAUUGACUGUGACCCUAGUCUUAUUGAUGCAACACACAAAGACGUGGACGUUCUGUUACUGCUGUCCAACUGCGCAUAUUACGUUGCUUACUAUGAUGAGGAGGCAGAUAAAGUUAACCAGUACCAGCGCCUUGGUUUAGAAGGCUUGGAAAAGAUUGAAAUUGGCCCAGAGCCAACUCUCUUUGGCAAACCCAAAUACACCUGCAUGCGACUGCAUUAUAAACAUGGGGAAGUUAGUGGCUAUUUCCACACCCUGAGAGCUGUUACACGAAACCCAGAAGAUGACGGAAAAGACACCUUGCAGUGUAUAGCAGAGAUGCUUCGCAUAACUAAGCAAGCAAUGGGACUUGACCUGCUAGUCAUCGAGAAAAAAUUGGAAAGGAAGCACAGCAAACCUCAUGAAGACAUCCAGGGUAUACAGGGAAAAGCAGCUGAGCCAAUGCUUGGGUCAGGCUUAGCUCAAGGCAAAAGUUUCUUCUUGAACAAAUUCUCAUCCUUAAAUCAGAAAGUAAAGCAGACGAAAACUAACGUGAACAUUGGAAACUUCAAGCCUCUUGGCAGACUCGAAAUGAAGGUGAAUUUUCUAAAGCCCAACAUGAAGGUGAACCUUUGGAAAUCAGACAGCAGUUUGGAGACUUCUGAUGGCAAUCCAGUCCCUGGAGCUAUAAAGGACCUUUGUAAUGAUCGUUCAGAUCUUGAGAUCUCUGACGACUCUGAUUCUUAUCACUCAGAUGGAAGGUCAUGCUCAGGUUCCCUGGAGAACGUCGACUAUGUGCUCCCCAGUUGUGGGAUUGUAGCAUCUGCCCCUCGACUAGCCAGUCGGUCUCAGUCUAUUGGAAGUGUUGAACUCCCUUUGCCCUCUGUUAUUCGUGUAACAAGUUGUGAGAACAUAGUAGUGGAGAGCUUGUCAGUUGAUCCAAAUUCUCAGUCCCCUGGCGCAGCCUCAGAAGCAGAAGAGGCCAUCUUAAUUGAUUUUGGGACACCGAUUGAUGCUUACUGUCACCAAUUCAUCCAGGAUGCCCAGACCAAACCAGUAGAAGUGUUUGAAGAACGCCCAGUCCUGCCACCAAACCCACAAGCACCUGAGGGUCUCAAGGCUCCUCCAGCUUCAGGCUCAAAGCCAGAAAUCUCAGACACCCAGCAGCAGCAACUCCCUCGUCCAUCUCAACUCAAUGUGGAGUCUUCAGUCUCAGGAGGAAAACUCCUCAACGUCCAGCCCCCAGGUUCUGCCGCAUCAUGUAGCUCCCAAAAGAGCCUUGGCUCUGUCUUGGAAGGAAGCCUGGGACCUUCUCCAGCAGACAGUAAUGGAAGUCGUGUGGUGUCCCCUUUUGCUAAGAUUAAGAGCUCUGUGGUGCAAGUGGCCAGCAUGACGCAGGCCGGAUUCACUCAAGGUAUAAAUUUUGCUGUGGCGAAAGUUCAAAAAAGUCCAGAGCCCGAUGCUGUCAACGAAACGCAGCAGAACGAAUUGCGAGCAAUGUUUACACAGUGCCAGACUAGAAUCAUUCAGAUAUAAUGUUUGUUUGGCCUCAUGCAGAUGCAUUUUUAGUGUAGAAUGUGACUUUUAGCACAGUAGCAGUAGCAUACGUUUGCACAAAAAAAAAAAGUGUACACUCAAUUCCUCCAUAUUUCUGCUCCAGUUGACGUAACUGAUGUUUACAACCAGUAUUGUGUAGUGUGUAUAUAUAGUACACCUAAGCUUAAUCUGACUGUGCCCUUUAUUCCAAGUGAAAUCCUUAACAUCUAUACGUUGCUGGUUUUGCAUGUUAAGAAUUCUUAAGUAGAUUGGGGCAAGCAAGUUUUAUUGCAUGUUGAGAGUCAAGAUCUAGUUUAGUCACGUGUGACACCUGCUGUGCAGUUCUCUUCUUUGCAUCUAUUGAGUGUUGUAGAAAUAGCCGAAACAUGUAAUUUAAAACGAAAAAAUUUCAAGCUCUAAUAUGUAUUUGAUGGGCAGCUCAGUGUUCGUUAGUAGAGAAGAAGGAAAGUAAACAAAGCUCUAUAUAGUUAAAGAGACAUGUUGCGUUACAUGUCGAUAGAAAUGUACCAACGUAGGACCGGAAUUCUACUUCUAUCGUAAAAUGUGCUGAGUCAUCAGAAGUAGGGCCUCCCACUUAAUAUAUUUAGACAGAACACAUAUAUUUACCUAAAACGUACGGAUUGGACAGUUGCCACUUCGGCUGUUUUUUUUUCUUUUUACUUGAAAGAGUGCGUGUAAAGGUACAAUAAGUAGAAGACGCAUCAAAACUUGACUACUAAAUUAUUGGAAAUAAAUAUUAAAAUGAAGUGCAGACUCAGGUGGAACACCGCCUUUCUACUCUCUUUGAUUUGGAUUUUACAUACAUAUAAUGCUGAUUUUAUUCCUUGUGCUGCUAAAAAAAAAAAAAAAAGAGCUACAACUUGGUAACAAGACUCCUAAACGAAUUACUUAUUGUACCUUUAAUCUUGUCUAGAAUACUAUAUAUGUAAAAAAAACAACAAAAAAACGAAAUAUUGUUUUAUUUUUUAGAUUAUGCAAGUAACCUGCUUAGGAAAAUGGUAAAGUGGUCAGUGUCUUAAAUUAUACUUGUGUAAAAUGUUUCGUUCUUUUCGAAGGGUUUAUUUGCAAAGUGAACCUGCAUCAAGUAGUCGCUUGAAUUAUUCUAUUUUGAUAUUCAAACGUAAAUAUUAACUUCACAGUUGUCUGUGUAUAAGGAUCAUCAAGUAAUGUGUAUAUAUGAUUCCAUACAAUGCUUUGACUGCUUUACGCUAUUAUUUGAUGCAGAUCAGAUGUAAAGGAACCCAGGCCAAAUGUAAAAACACUGUAAAAUGCUUUUUGCACUCUUAUAUAUCAAUCUUACAUUAUUAGGUGCAGGUAUUUCUUGACUUAAUGACUUAAUAUUUAAUGUUUUUUCUUUUUUUUUCCAUUCAGGUUCUUUCACUGCAUUUAGAAUUUAAUCGUUUCUGGUUUUGUCACAUCAAUAACAUGUUUAUUGAUCUGUUCAUGCUCAGGCUUGAGGUAUGACCAUUAGCAUGCUUUGUUCAGUUUUAAAGCAGGUGAUCAGUACUGUACUUCAACUUCAACACAAUUUAUACUGUAUUUUCUGGGAAGUUUUAAUUAGGCAGUUAUUGAUACAAAGAAAUUAUGUAUAUUUAAAGGGAUGCUCCAGCAACAAAAUAAAUCCUCAAUAUAUUUAUUAUAAACACACUGCCUCUGUUAGUGGUGAUUCAGUCAUUAGAGUAGUAUCAGAAUCAGGGCCACCACCUCCUACUAAUGGCUCUUACUUGCUUGAUAAAAGAGCUGAGGAACAAGUAAACAUAAAGGCUUCCCACAUAAAUCUGAGCUAGACAACUAAAAUACGCACUGUGCAUUUGUAGAAAGGUGCAUUCGAUUUUACACAGUCUACGAGUUUUACAUUUUUAUUAUUGGUGGAAAUCACAAUCUAUAUGAUUAUUUAUUGUUUAAAUACUCAGCUAUUAGCAUAUUUGACAGCUUUCUUUAUUUAAAUUCAAACCUCAGUAACUCAAAAACCACCUGGUUUAUAAAUGUCAACAUUUUUUUAAUGCAUUUAAAUAAUUUAUUUGAAGUGUUGGAUUAUGUGUAUGAAAUAAAUCUUGAAGGGAGUAUUGAAAUAUUAUUAGAAUUUCUUUUCAUUGCCUGUCAGUGCAAAAUUUUUGAUCCCCUCAAUUAAUGAAUAAUACAGUAUAUUAGAAUCAGUGUGCUAAAUGGUGACUUCCCUCUAGAUAACUACAUGCAUGAUGUUAGUGAUCUAGUUUGACUUUGAGGGUUCCCAUCAAAUCCUUUGUAGUGGAUACUGUAGUAGGUUUCAUGUUUCCUUACUUUGUACUAUAACCGAAAUGAUUGCACUGUACUGCUAAAGCUAGUACUAGACGUUCUUUUGGAUUGUGUGCAUACAGUGUGGAUUCUUAAAGAUGGUUUAAUUUGUAGAAACAAUAUGAACAGGCCUGCCUGACACACUAAGUACAUAAUUAUGAAUUCUGCUAAAAGCCUGAAAAAAGCCUGUGCUAGAAUAACAUGAAAUAUUUCCAGUAACAAUAUGUCUCAGUGCUUCUAUAAACGCUGUGUAUAUUGAAAGGCUAGGCUUUCUAUGAAGGUACUUUUGUUUUUGGUGCCUUAAAGGCUCACCUUGACUCAUGACGACAGCUGAUAAUUGCAGCACGCUUGAGGGUGUGUAAGACGCGGGAGUGAAUGGAUUAUAAUUGCUGUUUUUCAAAACCUGUAUCUUAAGAUAAACAGUAAAGUAUGGAGUAAAGCAGGAAGUUACAUGCUAUUGAUUCUCCAUUUAAAGACAUUUUCCAUUAUAUACUAUAUUUCUAUUAUGUGUAACAUGAACUGCGCUUGUACGUAACCUCUAUAAUCUGUCAGGAAUAGACCAGUUGGUUUUCAUUCCAGGGGUCUAUUGGCCAAAGAUUGGCAUUAUAUCAGCACAUCAUCCGUCACCUUGCAGGAAAUGAGUCCACAAAAUGGUCCCAUGUCACCGUUUUGGACUGAGCUCAAUGGGUGAUACGAGUGGCCUUGUAACCAGAGCCUUGGCUGCUCUUAAGCGCUCCUAAGUCUGACUGAGUUUUGGGUCAAAGUAAGCCCAAUCUUGUUGUGGUGUUCUGUUUUGUUUGUUUUUUGUAUCCUUUAUGGUGCUUUUUCUGCCCACUCCCCUCUCAUCAGGGGUGACCCUAUAUGGAGCAGUAACUCCCAGUGACUUUGCCCUGAGGGUCACCAAAUUCCACAAGCUCCUUAACCAAAAGAAGAGCAAGGUUAAAUAACUUGUGUUUUGUGUAAUGAAACAAAUGGUCAUCUCAAGCCUGAGGAAAAAUUGACAAGUGUUUUAUAGACCAUGUUUUUUGAACUAUGUUUUGUUUUAUGUUUAAUGGUCGUAUGUUCUCCCUCAGCGCACACUUUUUAUUUACUGUAAUUUGAGAUGCAUGCUAGGUAUCGACAUCAAGACAUGCAACUGACAUUUUCAACAAUACAUGUAGCGUCAUUGUGAUACCUGCUGACUGUCUGAAUAUUAAUAUGCUGGUGAUAAUACAGGUUUCAUUUGAUGCAUGUUGGGAAAUGGGUUUUGCUUAAAGGUUGGUAUUCGCUGGACUGGAAUUUAAUCUAAUGCUAUUGGGAUUAUUUGGAAUAUCAGUACAAGGUGGUGGUACAUAAAUGUAAACUAGUUCUCAGAGCAGUUCUGUAUAAGUAAACAUUCCUGUUACAUUUAUUUAGUAUUUUCUAUGCAUAACAAGGUGCACUUUUCCUUGUUUAAAGAAUUUCCUGAAAGGACCAUCAUUUCACACCAAGUGAUUUGGAGACCAUGUAUAAUUUGCCAUUACCACUUUGUCAUAUAACUGACAUAUAAGUGAAUGACCUGUUUCUUCUUUGUUUUUAUUUCUGAAAAUGACUUUUUGAAUUAUGUUUGUGUGUUUGACUUUUUCCACAUAAGUGUGAAGAUAUUAUCAUUCUCUACCCUGAACUUUAUUGCCUUGUAUAAUGGUCCAUUAAUUCCUAAUGCUUAUUCACUGUUAACCCCCUGUAUUUGAUAUCAAUUGUGUAAAACUGCUGUAUUUUAAAAUAUUAUUUGUCUUAUUUGGGAGGCUUUUUAAGUAAAUCAUUCAAAGCAAA